AAAUUGCUUUGAAUGCUUGUUUUUAGUGUCGCUCCUUGAGCCCAUCCAUUCCCAUCCACCGGGGUUACCCACUCGGUACAACGUUGCGGAAUCAUAAUCCAUCUCUUGACCUGUCCAGGCAGCAGACAAGAAUUACCCAAUCUAAGAAGAUCCGCCUUCAUAUCCACCACCGUGGCUAGAUUAUACGCAGCUACAGUCUGUAUUUACCAUAUCAAACGUCGGCAUGGCGAUGCCGUUCUCUCUUGACGCGUCGUUUUCCCACGAACCAAACACGAUGGGAUCGACAAUGCACUCGCAACGCUCUCCGAUCAACGAUGCGCACGUCGAGCUCCUCCCUAAUCCCGACUUUGUCUUUCCCGCACUCCCUAGCGAUGGUUCUACAACCAGGUCAACGAAGCGUCCCCUCUCAACACAGAUCCUACCGACUUCGAAGCGCGUCCCCCGCGCCGCCAUCUCCGAACGCCGUUCUGUGAACGCCCUUCCCAACUUCUCGUUCAAUCCCGCUGGGUUAGGGUCCGCUCCGGGGAGCUCAACGUCAACACCGCCUCACUCACCUCCUCUCCCCAGUCCGAGCACACCGUCGAGGCCCAUGGGUCAUCGACGUGGCGGAAGUGAGCUGGUCGGCGGAGACGCACGAUAUGGGACGGUGUCCGUAGUUAGCAACAGUCCGCCCAAAGGAGACGGCUUUGCUCUAGCGGGAAGCGCGCCGACGCGGUUGGGGCCACCACCAGGUCGACGCGGUCAUGCUCAUCGACGGUCCGGGGCGAUUUCGGGUCAUGAUCUCCAGUCGAUCUUGCAACCGAGGGAAUUGAAUCCGCUUCCGAAUCCACUUCCCACAGGCGGGAGUGCUCCAGUUACUCCCCUCGAGACCGAUAUCAAGCCGUUCUUCCCCAUUCCAAGUAGGCGAAGCGUGUCUCAGUCGUCCGUGAAUCUGCCGGCGGAUCCUUCCGUGGAGCCGGGACCCGAAUCGAGUCCUCGACGACUCCUUUCUCAUCGCGCACGUGUCGGCUUCUCGGAAAAAGUUGAGUACAUUCGACCUUUGUCCACGAUUUCCUCGGAGACGGAAAGCUCUCUCUCAACGAUUCGAGGUCAUUCCGUUACAGGAAGUCUUUCGUCGGUUGUCAGUGGCGGUGCGUCAAGUCCCUCACCUGCGCGAAGCGGGCGUCCUUCUUUGCACACAACAUUCGAAGAUGAGAGCCCUCGGGCGCGACCUGGCACUGCGGGCGAUAUCCUCGACUUAUUCACUGGCGGGCAAGACAAAGUUUCCGGGACGAUAUCCCGUCCAAACUCGUCUUAUUCUCCCUCUCCUUCGAAGCCGACUCGAGAAUUUCCCACUGUUACGGGAUCGCCUCCGCCAAAGAAGCGGGCGUUCUUUGGAUGGGAACAUCGACGAUCUCCCACUCCAGUCUCUCCGUCGCUUCAUCCUUCGGCAUCAGAUCCAUCACUUGCAUCUUCACCGGAACCCUUUCAAUCGACAGCCGGAGAAGAAACGGUGGCCGCCGAUACGAAGGACGCUACCGGCAAAGCCCGCAAGCCCCGCAAAGUGAAAUCAUGGGCUAAUUCGUUGAUCCGGAAGCCAAAAUCACAGCAGACCAAGUCCAGAACCCAGACGCAACCCCAGGAUUCCGAGAGCAGCGCAGAUGAUGACAUGGAUACCAUCCCGGAUCUGUCGACAAGCUUUCUGCUGGAGAACUUUGACGUAGAUGACACCGUCACUAUUGUGGCCGCCGAUGACUUGCGUACUCCUCGCAUCAACCCCGAAACAAGCUCCCUCGCAAGUACCCCGAAGCUCGGUCCGGUGCAUGAUAGCGAUACCAUGAGUCCGGUUAUCGACCUCGACGCUGCCCUCGGACCUUUCAAUACGCCAUCUGUGGGAAAUUCGGGACGCAAUUGCCGUUCGGCUCGUCGUUCCAUGCACAGUGGCGCUCUGCCAAACAAUUCGUUUCAAAAUAACCAUCGGCGGACUGAGAGCGCGCCCGAGCUGGUGCCUUUCGAAGCACGCUCUGGAGUCGCACCUGUGUCCACAAUGGCUGAUGUAUUUGAAGAGGAUGAGGAAGAGGAGGAAGACUCGCCCAAGCGAAAUGGGAUGCGUGGAGCGAAGAACGUUCCCAAGCUGAGUUUGACGGGAGCGUCGAAAGACGAAGGGAAGAUGUUGCAGUAUGACGUGCCGCCAGCCAACCCUUCGGAUGACCUUUCAGGAUUUGACUUUGGCGAGAUUAACCAACCUUCCACCCAGAGUCCCGGGGACGCUUUUACGGCCGAUCCACCUGUGGCAGGACCCGUUGGGGACGAUCUCCCCGUCUCCUCUGACGUGAUGGUCACAGAACCUUUGGCUCCUUCCUACCACUUUCCAAGCUAUCAUCGGGACCCAUCUCCCGUAGAGGUUGUUGAACCUCAUGAAGAGCCGCGUGCUUCUUCUCUUACCCGCGAUUCCGACAGUACAAUUACACCCCCUUUACAUCCGACCUCGGACUCCCCUCUCCAGCUCCCUAUCAAAUCCCCGUCCCCCGCACCACACUCGUUUACUCUGGGGCUUCCAGCUACCGCUCCUUCCCCGCACGCGUUCUCACUUGGACUACCACCACCACCGCCUCUUCCGCCGCUCAUGACGCCUGAUUCUUCUACAUCCUCCGCCUUCUCUUCCCCAGCUUUCAGUGCCAGUCAAUCGAGCUUCGAAACCCCCCGACUUGGCACAGCGACAAGCUCGGUGACCGAUGGUCGUGGCACCCACGAGGCUGGUGACUUUGCGGAGGCGCAAUCCAUGCGAGAAAUGAUGAUGCUCCUCCCCGAUGGCUCCGAGGUGCCCAUCCGCGUAUCCGUCGACGAUGUGCCCUCGCUCACAUCCUCGCGGUCCACCGCAACGAACGGACCUCCGACCUCUGGCGUCACCGCACCAGGGCCGCCAAAUCACCUCCAAUUCUUCAACCCCACGUACGCCGUCCCCCAGAGCUCUAGUGGGACCCCCGUCUCACGCGCACCGCUCGCCCGCCCGACGUCUGCCUUCACGCUCCCUUAUCUCCGCGACGCUCGCUCCGCCAGCGUCUGCUCGAUCGGGUUGUCCGCACGCAGUUCCCUUGCCCUGAACGCCACCGACGAGUCAACGCCCCAAGCGCAGGGCCACAUGGCCCACCACGACAACCCGAGUGACACCGACCUGCAUAACCGCCGCCGCAAGCGCGCGAGCAUCGUCAGCCUGUCGCGACUAAUGGGUGUGGGCGGCGCGUUGGGCGAGAAGAGCAAGCUAUCGGUUGAGCAGCGGGCGGGCGAGGGCGACGGCCACGGCCACAGCCGAGACAUGGGAGAGAAAGCCGGCGUCUCCAUGGAUUCGGAUGCGCGGCGGGAAAAAAGGGGGAGCAGGUUGAGCCGGAUGAUGAAGUUCUGGAAGAGUAAGGAGGGGUUGCGGUCCUGAUGGGGAGGAAAUGAGAGUCACAGGGUGUGACGCGGGUUUUCACCGUUUGAGCGAUUAUUUGGCGGACUCGCGACUUGCACCGAGCGUUUCGUGCACGGGAGAUGGCAACAGCCUCCUCGCAUCGCAAGGAAGGCGGCUUUGAUUGACAUUCAUUUCGCGACCCCCCAACGCGGAUUUAUUUUUCCCAACAUUUGUUCAUGUCGGGGCAUUUGCAGCGUUCAUUUACGGAUGGAACAGCUUUGAAGACACUUUUACAUU